UUCAGUGUGACCUCUACUGCAGUUGAAAAUACUUGCUAUCGGAUCCAUUGAUACUUCAUGUACGAUGAAACACGUUCCUGUGAGGUUACAGUGUCAGUCUGAAUGAAAAACCCGUUCAUUUGUGCAUAGCCACCGCAAGAAGGGCUUAUGUGCUCCUCGCCGCUUGAUUUCCGACUCGGGGAGCUCAGUGUUGCCGGGGUAGAGUCCGUGUUAGCUGCACUGCAUCAAGAUGGGUGUGAUCGGUGUGCAGCUGGUGGUUACCAUGGUAAUGGCCAGUGUAAUUCAGAAAAUCGUACCUCAUUAUUCUUUCGCAAGAUGGCUACUCUGCAGCGGCAGUCUGCGGUGGUAUCAGCACCCUACGGAAGAUGAGUUGAGGAGCUUAGCCGGGAAACAAAAAGGACAGAAGAGGAAAGACAGGAAGUACAAUGGUCACAUAGACAGUAAGCCGCUAACAGUCCCCAAGGACAUAGACCUGCAGCUGGAGACGAAAUCUAUCACAGAAGUCGACACAUUAGCAUUGCACUACUUCCCAGAGUUCCAGUGGCUGGUGGAUUUCACAGUAGCGGCGACUGUGGUCUAUCUGAUAACAGAGCUCUACUACAGCGUGGCUCAGCCCUCAGGAGAGAUGAACAUCAGUGUGGUCUGGUGCCUACUAGUACUCGCCUUUGUCAUUAAGACCCUUUUCUCUCUAACGGCCCACUACUUCAAGCUGGAGGAGGGGGGCGAGCGCUCGCUGUGUAUCACUUUUGCUUUUUUCUUUUUCGUCAAAGCCAUGGCCAUCCUCAUCGUCACUGAAAACUACCUGGAGUUUGGUCUGGAGACAGGUUUUGCAAACUUUUCUGACAGCGCUCAACGGUUUCUGGAGCACCAGGGCCUGGAGUCCCAGGGUCCAAUAUCGAAACUCACCUUCAAGUUGAUCCUGGCCCUGCUCUGCUCUCUGAUUGGUGCGUUCCUGACGUUCCCCGGUCUGCGAUUGGCCCAGAUGCACCUCGACGCACUCAAUUUAACCACAGCCAAAUUUACACAGACCCUGCUUCAUAUCAACUUCCUGUCCCCUCUCAUCAUGGUCCUGCUGUGGGUGAAGCCCAUCACCAAGGACUACAUCAUGAACCCCACUCUGGGAAAGGAGAGUGUGCCUUUGAUGACUGAAGAGACGUACGACACCCUGCGGUUAUGGGCCAUCAUACUGAUGUGCAUGCUGCGGCUCGCCAUGAUGAGACAUCACCUGCAGGCCUACCUCAACCUGGCCCAGAAGGGCGUGGACCAGAUGAAGAAGGAGGCGGGACGAAUCAGUACUGUAGACCUGCAGAAGAUGGUUGCACGUGUUUUUUACUACUUGUGUGUAAUCGCACUACAGUAUGUAGCUCCGCUCGUGAUGCUGCUACAUACGACUUUGCUGCUAAAAACUUUAGGUGGUCACUCCUGGUGGGUCUACCCAGAAGAAGAACUGCCAUGCACCCAUGAAAUGGACUCUGACUCCGUGAUGGGGGCGGCGCCCGUCGUGGCCCCGACGCCGGCGUCAGCGGUAGAAACGGGGGCCCGGGCGUCGGUGGCCCAGCUCUCCAUGGCCCUGGGGAACCUGCGGACUGUUUUCAGCCCCCUGCUGUUCCGGGGCCUCUUCUCCUUCUUCACGUGGUGGAUCGCCGCCUGCCUCUUCUCCACCUCCCUCUUCGGCCUCUUCUACCAUCAGUAUCUGAUGGCGGCAUAGCCCCGCCCCCCCCCAAACCCCCCCGCUCCCAUCGGUCCGACCGUGUGUUCGGCCCGAUCAGAGAAGACUGAGCCGGGGGCGGGGGGCCUCGGGGGCCCGCUGACGGGCCUGCACCGUGACUUCUGCUCCCCUCCCUCCGACCGCCUCAUGACUGAUCAUAUCAUCAGAGCUCCUGGUUCAACUCCCAGUGCUUCCUCCACAGACGACUGUGAACUCCUGACUUUGUUUCUACUUCUACAGCUUUUCAUUUGGGCGGAAAGAUUUAUACGGUUUCAUAAUAGUAACCAGUGUCAGGUGUGUUUUGGAAUGGUCAUUGGGGGGUAAAAGAAAAAAAACCGAAAAGAUUGCGGUUCGUAUAGAAAUAUUUAAUGAUAUAAAUGUCCGACGUUUUAAAUGUGGUUUGACGGUUCCAUUCAGUCGGGGGGAAUUUAUUCUAUGUCGACACAACAAAGAGUUUCAUCCAUCAAGAUCUUUAUCUUCCAGAAGUCUGUCCUCGAGAAGGCCAUAAAUGCAGCUUCUUCACAGCUUCAUACACGUCAGGAGGACUCGGGAUUCAGACUACAGUCCUUCUCAUUUCCCUUUACAGUCGGUUUAAAAAAUUAAAUUCACUUCUGAAUGAUCCGUUAGCUUACAUGCUCUGAGUUUCCUCACUGAUACGGUGUGAAGAAGCUGCUUUUAAAUCAAAAAGAUCCAUAAUUCAAAGCCUUUUAUUGAAGCUGAUGUUCACCAUCUUAUUUAAUGUUUUCUGUCACUUUUAUGGAAGCUUAACGGCCGUGCUUUGGCCCCUUGUUUAUCGCUUGAUGAACACCUUAAAUUAACUUUUUUUUGUUGUUUUUUUCUAAAGAAAAAUGUCCUGAUGUUCAUAAAAUAUGUCAUAAAAAUGUGACAAAGUCUUAAAAAGUUUCAGUCUGGACCAGUGAGUCUCUGAAGGAGGAGGGAGAGAGCUGUAAGCUCACUGGUGUUAUAGGAGUUUUAUUGGAAGAGGAGGCGUUGUGAACUCACGAGGAAAUGGCUCCCGUUCAGAAAUACCUUCACGGGUUAACUCGCCAUUAAGGACGCACUUUCUAAACGAAAGGCGUUCCUGGAGAUCGGUGACGUUUCCUCUUUCACGGUAACCUUCCUGGUUUUAGCUGAGCCAUUGUAGAAGCUGUGUUGAGGGAGGGGGGCGGAGCGUGAGCCAAGAUGAUGGAAAGGGAGGACGGCGUGUCCGUCUGCAUGCGUGGGAUCUCUGCUGCACGUCAGCUGAUCGGGCAUUGUGAUCAAGAGGAGAUGAUGUCAACUACUGUUGAUAAGCUACUGCCUUUGUUUUGUUUUUUUUUCUUCUUCUUUCUUUUUACCUAUCCAUUACUUUUUAACUCACUUUAAGAACAAUUUUUACUUUCUUUUCUAACGGAACAAAAGUUCAUACAAAGUCGGGGUUUGUAAAGUUUCUUUUUUUUUGCAUUUAAAAUGGUGCCAAGUUAGUUUCCCCUUCCGUUCCCUUCCAAACAGUUUGAUGUCUGAGAGUCACCAGCUUGACCCACGACUCUGCAGCCUUCUGUUAACUGUGGAUCCACCUUCAUAAAAACGAGAGAACUGCUCGUUUUAGAAGGCGUGAACUGUAAUCUUUCGGUGGGUAAAUGUACGCACAAAACCGUCAUUGUGCUGACGACACUCUGGCCAGCGUGAUUGUCCAGUUUCUUCAGGAAUGUAGGGUACGCAACGCCAGAUCAAUCACAGCUUCUGGUUUGUCUUUUCACUAUUUUGCCAUUUUACCAUUAAAAACAGGUUUAUACAGAAAAACACCUAGCAGCACCAUAUCGACACCUCCCGAUGGAAAGUCUUAGCUUUAGUUUGUGUGUUUUAAAUGAUGGGGAAUAUGCACAUAAUGAAUGUAUCAAUCCUGCCUAAUUUCUAGAUUGUUUUAUUGAAAAUGAUUUGUAUGGUGAGUUGAUUUAACACUCCUUUUCCCCGCUCUAUCCUUCACCUAUUCUUUCUUUUUUUUUUUGAGCUCUCUCUAAUACAUGUUUUAAAUCUGCCUCACAAGCAACGUCUAAUGUGUCCUAAUGACUUUUUUAUUAAUUGAUUU